AUGUGUCCACCGCCAAUAAUUUCUUCACCGGCGGGUUACCGCAACGCGCUGCUGCGUACGCGGCUACGCUAUGGAGUCUUAAUCUCGGGAAUAACAGGCUGUCCGGGCCGAUCCCUGCUGCCCUCGCGACGCUGCCGGACCUUGCAGAGACGUUUCGGGAACUUGCUGACGGGAAACUUCAACUCGAUCCGCUUCGGCGAACGCGUGUGGGAUAUCGACGUGUCGCACAAUCUGUUUUCGGGCUCGUUCCCGCGAAUCGUGUGCGGUCGGAGCAGCGUAGCGACUGAUUUUUCGCAUAAUCGCCUGACAGGAGCCGUUCCAGCCAACUGUUUCAAGUCCAGAAGUUCCUUUCCGAAGGGCCUCUUUCUUAGCCACAACAGUUUCUCGGGCAGCUUGCAGCCGUUUUCGAAACUGCCCACGGACAUCACUGCUCUGGACCUCGGAUUCAACAAGUUCACUGGGAGCAUUCCCCCACGCCUCGCCAGUUUACCCCGGCUGAAAUACUUGGACCUCGGGGCAAACGCUCUGACAGAUUCCCACUCACCCCCUCUCUCCUCUCUCUCUUCAUCUCCCCACCCCUCAGGUCCCAUCCCCGCCUUUUGCCAGGGCAAGCAGGCCCUCACCAUCCUCAAUCUCGCCUCCAACGCCCUCUCCGGCCCGCCCACCCCGCUCUCCUCCCCCUCCUGCUCCGCCUCCCUCACCUACCUUUACCUCUCCUCCAACCGCCUCUCCGGCCCCAUCCCCGCUACAGUCAGCUCCUUUACUCGCCUCAAGCUGCUGACCCUUGACAAGAACGCCCUCACGGGAACGAUCCCCGCAGGAAUGAGCAACAUGAAAUGGUUGCAAGGACUUGGGUUGUCAUAUAACAGGCUAACGGGGAAAAUACCCUCGGUUCGGCCGGCAAGGGUACGGCAAGUGCUGCUGGCGGGGAAUCGGCUGUCAGGGGCUGUUCCGGCUGCUCUGAGCAAGCUGAAGCGAGGCUCGUUCAAACCAGGGAACCCCAACCUGUGUGGGAAACCACUGACUGCUUGUGCUUAG